AUGGCGCUCUCAUUGUUAUCUCGGCAGGCCAGGCUCCAAGCUUUGAAGAUUCCACUUGCUUUGAGCUCUGCAAGGAGAUUCGAAAGCACUCUUGUCGAGACUGAAGAAGAUGGCAAGAUCUUUUUUGUGUCGAUAGCUCGUCCCGAGAAGCGAAAUGCGGUGAACGCAGAGACUGCUAAACAACUUUCAGAAGCGUUUCGCGCUUUUGAGAAUCACGAUGAAUGUUCGGUGGCCGUCUUCUUCGGUAAAGGUGGCUCAUUUUGCGCUGGUUAUGACCUUCAAGAAUUGUCAGAGAGGGAUCCGGAAAAAUUCUUAAAAUCAGUGCCUCCGGUCGGAGAAGGUGAUGCACCGAUGGUAAGUAAAGUUUCGCAAAAAGUUCAAGCAUUUUCAGAGAAUUCAAAACAAGCUUGCAGAGCAUUAACGUUUGACUUUCAGAAGAGUUAUGGGAUUAAAGUUUUUGUACGUUUUUUUACUGCUUUUUCCUUCGCCCACAAUUCUGUUUAUCGUUGCAAUUGCAUAUGUUUACCCGUUGAUGGGCCAUCGUGCUUUUUUGCACGUCAAGUCCCAUGUACAGUUGUGUUUUGAUAACCCAACGCACGUGCACGACACGCGCGCGUGUCGUGAAUCGCUUUUUUCGUGAGCAGGAUGUGACUUUUAUUGGCUUAUUUCCGGUGAAAAGAGAAACAUGCAUGCUGUACAGUUGUUUUGAUCGUUGAUUCAUCAUGUUCAUGAAGCGUGCAUGUGGCAUUGGUUGGUGAACGGAUGCUUACUACAUUCUCAGCGGGAAAUUGAUUAUUUUUUGUUAUGAAAUGCAGGAAAAUCCAAAACUGGUGGUCAGUUACCUCCAAAAUAGAUCUAGAGAUUCCAGUUUGGAAAGUAAACAGAACAUAGUGUGUUGGGCAAUUCCAAUGGAAAAUUUUCCAGAUCAGUGGAAUUACCCAACUUUAAGAAAUUUUGCUGAGUUUGCAGAGCUCUAGGAAACGUGACGUUCAAAAGGGCGAUCCCAGAAAAUAUCCUCACCAUACCAUGGACGGCUUCUAUAUUUUAGUGUUAAUUUAAAAAUUGCAAAGUCGACGCUGUUCAAAGGAUCGAUUUGGCAAUUUUUAAAUUAAAAAAAGUAACUCAAUGUGCAGGGAUUUUAAUGUUUAUUCCAUAUUUAGACCCCUUCUUUCCCCCCCUUGCCCUCAGAAUUUCCAAAAUGGGUUAUCCCGCCAUGCCCUCCGAAUUCCAUAAUUAUAUCAUUAAACCCCCCUCCCAUUCGGAUUUUCCAUUUUUUCAUCAAACCCUUCAGAAUUCCUGGCAGUUAUUAAAGACUUCAGAAAUUCUGGGAUGAAACUUUAAAAAGAAAAGUUUUCUCCUUAUCUCUGUUCAACAGAUGCAACCUACGUUAACAUUAUCAUUCCUUUCGUGUCAGAGUUUUUCCCCAGAAACUCCAUCCUUGUUUCCUCUUUACUCAUUAAGCAAACCCACUUCCCCCUUCUCCAUCCAUGGUCCCUCCAUGUUUAAUAAUCUCUCUCUCUCCAUGUUUUAAGGGCCCUUCCCGACUGAAACUGAGCAAGCCAGUUAUUGGGGCAAUAGAGGGGCAUGCAGUCGCUGGUGGAAUGGAGCUGGCUUUGAUUUGUGAUCUCAGAGUGGCAGCAGAAAAUACUGUCAUGGGAAUAUUUAACAGGAGAUUUGGUAAUAUACUUUUUAUAUAAAAUGUUGCUAAAAAAGCAAAGUUUCUUAUUCUGAGAAAAUAAAUCACUGUUAUGAUCAUUACCAUUAUCAUCUUGCAUGGCAGUAAAUUUAUACCUCAUUGCUACUUAUUUUUGCUGGCACUUAAUGUUGCAAAAAUGCAGGAUACAAAAUUCUAUGAGUCUUAAUUCAUAAUUUGACUGGAAAAUUGUGCCGUAAGGAAAUGUGUGCAACAAGGCAGUGUUUUCAUAAAUGGGGCAACAAAAUAGGCUCGAUUUCCGCCGUCUCCUGGGUCCAGUCUUGAUCCUCCCUGAAGAGAGACGGCUGGACGCGUGACCCGUUGACCUUGUCUGUGAUGUAAUUUAAAUUCCUUCAGGGGGAUGAGUGCGGGCUCAUUUUCCCGAACAGUGGCUGGUAAUCGAGCCUAGCAACAAAACGGUAACAAAAAAUUAAACAGUUUUUAAACUAAAUGUUUUGGGAAAAAAAUUGCCUUUUUACUACAAAGAACAACAGAAAUUAAGUUCCAGGAUAAAUGGAUUUUAGGAACACAUGUAGAAAGGGUAUCAAAUUUUACCUCAUUAGUUUUUUGAAGUACUGUUCCCACAUAUAUUUUAUUAUUUUAGUGUUCCCUAUUAUCAAUCACCAAAACGAUUAUCUACUAGGUAAUAACAUAUGGGGACAACUAAAUUUUCCAAAAGGACCCUUAGUUCUACAAACAAUAAAAUUAGUUCUAUACAACUUCAGGUGUCCCACUCCUGGAUGGAGGAACUGCCAGGUUACCAUACAUUGUUGGCCUGUCACGUGCUUUGGACCUCAUCAUGACUGGGCGGCCUGUGAGUGCUCAAGAAGCCUACAGUAUGGGUCUGGUCAACCGAGUAGUCCCUAAUGGAAAGGCUCUAGAUGAGGCCAUUAAACUUGCGAAACUCAUCGCACGUUUCCCACAAGAGUCGCUGAUUACUGAGCGCAAGUCUGUUUAUUACUCUGUGUUCAAUGCAGAGUCGUUUUACGAUGCACUGUCAUACGAGCACUCUAAGGGUGUUAAAGUCCAGACAAUUAAAGAUUCUAUUAAAGGCGCUAAAGAGUUUUUAGAAGGGAAAGGCCGAAAGGGGUCUUUUGAUGAUUAUCUUGAUUAG